GGAAAAAAAAAUCUGAAAGAGUUGUGAAAUUUAGUUAAAGGAAAAAUAAGAGUCCAUAAAAAUAUCAAACACCCCAACAUUUGAGAAACCUUGAAACAACAUUUCACAGUUGGGAGCUCAAAAGUCUGCAAUCAUGUUUCCCCCAAGAGACAUGCCUUCACCAUCUUCAUUAUUCUCAGCCUACGCUUCCAUGGCCGCUUCAAUGAUGCUUGUACGGUCGAUGGCCAACGAGCUCAUUCCCCACCCAAUUCGUGGCUAUAUCGUCUCUACCCUGCGCUUCUAUUUCAAGGCUCACUCCCCUAAGCUGACUCUGGUGAUCGAAGAAAAUAAUGGCAUGUCCCGCAACCAAGUGUAUGAUGCAGCGGAGAUUUACCUCUGCACCAAGAUUAGUCCCAACACCGAAAGGCUGAAGAUCUGCAAAAGCCCCAAAGAGAAGAAUCUGACGAUCCGGCUGGAGAAGGGAGAGAAGAUUGUCGACACUUACGAAGGGGUUGAGCUUAGGUGGAGAUAUGUUUGCGCCGAGUCGGAGAAAAACAAUCCAAAUGAUCCUUAUCCUCCGAGAUCGGAAAAGCGCUACUUUGAGCUCACUUUCCACAAGGUACACAAGGAAAAGAUCUUGAACUCUUACGUGCCCUUUUUCCUUGAGAAAGCCAAGGCCAUCAAAGAUGAGGAGAGGGUUUUGAAGAUGUACACGCUCAACACUUCUCACUGCUAUAAUGGAGUCAAGUGGGAGUCCAUCAAUCUCGAACACCCGGCAACGUUCGAGACAUUGGCCAUGGAGCCGGACCUGAAAUAUGCUGUAAUAGAGGAUCUAAACAGAUUUCUCAGGAGGAAGGAGUUUUAUAAGAGAGUGGGGAGGGCGUGGAAACGUGGCUACUUGUUGUAUGGACCCCCAGGCACGGGCAAAUCGAGCUUGGUUGCAGCCAUGGCUAAUCAUUUGAAGUUUGAUGUCUAUGAUUUGCAGCUUGCAAAUAUAUUGCGUGAUUCGGACCUCAGAAAAUUGUUGCUGGCUACUGGCAAUAGGUCCAUACUUGUUAUUGAAGAUAUUGAUUGCAGUGUAGAGAUACCAGAUCGUCGGCAUGGAGAUGGACGUAAGCAACAUGACGCACAGUUGGCGCAGUUGACCCUAUCUGGGCUCCUAAACUUCAUAGACGGCUUGUGGUCUAGUUGUGGAGAUGAGAGAAUCAUCGUAUUCACCACCAACCACAAGGACAGGUUAGACCCAGCUCUGUUGCGUCCUGGACGAAUGGACAUGCACAUUCACAUGUCCUACUGCACAACACAUGGCUUCAAGCAGUUGGCUUCAACCUACUUGGGAAUCCGAGGCCACCACCAACUAUUUGGAGAGAUUGAAGGCUUACUGGAAACUGCUCAGGUGACUCCAGCACAAGUUGCUGAAGAGUUAAUGAAGGGUGAGCAUGCUGAUAUUGCACUCCAAGAACUUACCAAGCUCCUUAAGCGCAAGAACCUAGAAGCUGAUGAAGGGGAAGCGGAUGCGGAUGCGGCUGAGAAAAAUACUGGAAUUCGAGAUGCGAAAAGGCAGAAAUUAGAGAAUAAACCAAGAAAAUCUCUGAGGAACAUUAGAGGAAGAGGCAACAGAAGAAGAAGGUAAAGCUUGUAAUCAGCUGGCAGCUGAUGUCUAUAUAACUCACUAAUCUAUCUAGAAUGAUGUCCACCUAGAUAGAUUACCAAGAAAAUCUGAGGGCAAACACUGGAGAAAAAGGCAAUAGAAGAAGAAAAAGCUUGUAAUCAGCUGACAGCUGAUGUCUAUAUAAACCACUAAUCUAUCUAGAAUGAUGUCUACCUUGUAAAAUAAUCAUUGAUUCUAGAUUUGGGUUUGAUUUACUA